UCCAGCCUAGGCAACAAAGUGAGACUCCGUCUCAAAAAAAAAAAAAAAAAAAAAAAUUAAAGUGGUUAUGUAACAUUCUAGAGUGGGAGGACUUUGAGACAGUCUGUGAGAAGCCCCAGCAUGGGUGGGCAGUAAGACCAACAUUGUGAGCAUGAGUCUUGAAAUAGACACGGGGUUGAAUUUUGCCCUUACUAUAGCCAGCUGAGUUGGGGUGAGUUAUUUAACCCACAUAAGCCCCAGUCACUGAAUACACUGGACACCAACUCUGAGGCAAGCAGUUUCUUGCUAUGGAAAGCGAGGAUAAUAUCAGUACCCCCUUCCUCGGGUUGAUACAACUUGCAGUUAGAUGCUCUCAGGCAACUCGAUUUAGUGUCUGGUGUGCAGAAGUUUCCCUUAAAUGUUAGAGUAACCUAAUCCACCUACAGGAGCUGGGAGGUUGGUGUAUAAGGACUGGGAGCUAACUGGAUUAGAAAGCCAUCAGUGAUACUGCAGGGAGGACAUCCUUGACCUCAGGCCUCUGCCUCUAGGUUGGGGCCACUACGACCGACCGGCAAGCUCAUCCAGGUGUAGACAGAGGCUGGUGGCUCCUGGCCAGCUCAGAGUGUUUCCUUUUGCUUGGUAACGAGGAGGAGUGGCUGAGGAAAGACAUGGAGCGGAGCAACACAGCUAAAAAGUGCCCGCUCUGGAUCCCGCUGGCUCCCCCAGACUGAAGGAGGCAAGUGAAUGGGGAGUUACUGGGAAGAACAGGCCGGGCUGAGGGCUUGAAAAGGCUCUAAAUCCUUACUGUCUGCCGGGAGCCUGGGGCUCUGCCCGACCUUGGCACAAAAGGUGAGGUGGGGAGCUGAAUGUCCGAUUUGGGAUGAGUUCCCCCAAAGCCAUGAACCGGUGUCCUGGGGAACCGGGUCGCAGGGACGGGAGGUGAUUAAGUAGAAAGUCCUGUCUGCACACCCCCUCCCUCCGCCGCAGGUCUGGAUCCGGAGGAGUCCCCAGUAAGAACGGCAGCCACCCGGGGGACCCACCAUGUACGCGUACAGCUGGCUGUCGCCCAGGGAGGGCAUCUGGCCGCCGCAGCCGUUCACCUGCACCUACCUGGCUGCCCCUCUGCUCCUGCCCCCCAUCCAGGCCCAUAGUUUCCGCAGCCGGCCCGGGAGCCUGCACACGGGCGAGUGGGCAGCCCCGCGAGAAUACCACCGCUUCUACGGCCCCGCCGCGCCGCCCGAGACCGCACAGCCCUGGUGGGCCUGCCCUCCGGCCUAUGCCGCGGCCCUGCGCCCCCCCUGCCCCGCAGCCGGAAUCUUGGGACUGUCGCCACAGGCGCCAGCCGCUGCGGCGGAAAGCUGGACGCCGUGGCCCGAGGGCGGCAGCCUACAAACCCAGCUACGCUGGGGACGCGUAGAGCGCGCGCGAGGCCCGCCUCUGCAGCUGCCCGACUUCGUGCGCCGGGAGCUGCGGCGCGCGUAUGGCACCUACCCCCGCGCCGACGUGCGCGUCACCCAGCGCCGCGGCCAGUUCCUGCUUCAGGCGACUCCGCGCGUGCCCGAGCCCGAACGCCGCGUGGAGUGGUGCGUGCGGCGCCGUCCAGACAGCGGCGACAGCGGCCCAGGUCAGGAAGCCGCGGAGCGCGGCCGUCCCAGGAAGAGCAAGGCCCUGAGCUGAAGGCGCCGACAAGCCUAGCGACCGGCCCGCGUGCAUGCGUGCGCGGCUCCCUCCUUCCAAGCGAGCCCUCACCUGCGCGCGGGAGCCGGGCGCACCGCUGACCUGCCUUUUUGGCUUUUCCCAUGACUGCCCGCCCCCUUCCUGCACUGGUUUCUCUCACCUUAUUGCUGGACGGUAAGGAAAGGGCGAGGGCAAGAUGGAAUCAAGGACACCUCUGGGUGUUCUGUACCUCUUUCCUUCUUGCAGCUUGGGAAGUGGAGGACUUGGGAUGGAAGAAGAGCCUGGGCCUCCCUCCUUCCUCUUCCCCAUCUUCGCCUAAGGAGCCUGCCCUGCAGUAAGCCCCAACUUUCCCUUCUUUUCCCUCCAUCAGAGUUGUCGCCCACCCCCUGUUCCCACCGGCCCCCUACCCCGCCUUCCUGCCAAGCCGAGGGGCCACCGUGAUCCUCGGCUUAGUAAGAAAAGUAAAUAGGCCGGGCCCAGUGGCUCGCGCCUGGAAUCCCAGCACUGUGGGAGGCGGAUCGCUUGAGUCCAGGAGUUGGAGACCAGCUUGGGCAGUGUGGCGAAACCUCGA